ACGUGCGUGUCUGUGUCUCUCCCAGGCUUAAAAAUGCAGUGGACCCCCGAGCACAGCCAGUGGGCCGAACAGCAUUUCGACAUCUCCUCCACCACGCGCUCGCCGGCCCACAAGGCCGAGGCCUACAGGGCGGUUCCCGGCCACCUGCAGCGCUCCGCCACCUACCAGUACGCCUGGGCCAAUGAUGACAUCUCGGCGCUCACCGCCUCCAACCUGCUCAAGAAGUACGCCGAAAAGUACUCGGGCAUCCUGGAGAUGCCGGGUUCAUACAGCGAGGCGCCCGUGGUGAUGAACGGGCGCAAAGGGGAAUCGGAGCCCUGGCAGGAUGGCGUUUACCCCAUGAGCUGCAUCCCAGAGGGGGUUUCCGUCAGGAAAGGAGGGGUGGCGGCGGCCUCGGAGGUGGUGUCUGGCAUGUGCAGCUCCCCCGGCCUGGCAUCCAGCACCCUGAGCGAGCCCAGCUACUCCAGCAGCAGCUGCGGGAGCCACACGGCCACCGCCCUCCACUCCUCGUCCAUGGCCUCUCAGGAAUACGGCCCCGCCUACAGCGGCUCCUACCUGCACAGUAGUUACAGCUCCCAGUCCGCCCCCACCCCGGCGAUCCCGUCGCCGCUGCACAGCUCCGGGCUGCUCCAGCCGCCCCCUCCUCCGCCGUCGCAUCCCACUUUGGUCCCGGCUUACAACGGGGGCUCUCCGAACUUGUCAAGUUAUAAUUACCCCCCAGCAGGCUACCCAGCUCAGAGUGCAGUCGGACCUGGAUACAGCCCCGGCGGAGCUCCCCCUCCCUCCUCCUACCUCCCCUCGGGCAUCGCUGCACCCACACCCCUUCCCCCAUCCUCGACUUUGCCUGGAUACCCGUACCAGAGCCACAACCUGACCCCGAUUGCCCCCACCCCUCUCAACAGCAGCUCCUCCAACUCACUUAAGAGGAAAGCCUUCUACAUGGCAGGACAAGGAGAAAUAGACUCGUCUUAUGGCAACUUCAGCUACGGCCAAGCGCGCAGCUCGGCUGACAGCCCCAUGUACCGGGUGGCGGACAGCAGCAGCGCCAACGGAGGCUCCAACAGCUCUGGUGGAUUCGACAGGAGCGCCGAGAAGUCGUCUUUACCCUUUAAUCCUCAGAAACAGUCCGCCAUGCCGUCAGAGCAGCAGCAAAGGAAGUACAGCGGCCAGGCAACGGGCGGGCCGCUGACUCCGCCUGCCUACGUCUCCUCCAGCCUCGGAGGUUCUCGUUCCGCAGACUCUCUCGCGAGCUUCACGUCGCCUUCCCUCAGCGAGCAAGGCGCCGACGAUCACCGCCUCCACCUCUCCCACUCGGCAGCGGGGCCUACCUCCUCCUCAUCCACCUCCUCGUCGCGGCCUGCCGAAGAGCAGCUAAAAACCAGCGACCCCCACCUCCUGGACAUGGUCACCUCUGAAAUUGUGCAACAGGGGCCCCCUGUGGAUUGGAGUGACAUUGCGGGCCUGGAACUGGCCAAGGCGACCCUGAAGGAGGAGGUGCUGUGGCCCAUUCUGCGUCCGGACAUGUUCAGCAGUUUAGGGCCGACGCCACGCUGCGUGUUGCUGUUUGGCCCUCGGGGCAGCGGUAGGACGUUGCUGGGCCGCUGCCUCGCCAGUCAGCUGGGGGCCCCAUUCCUCCAGCUCAGCGGCUCCACGCUGGCCACCAAGUGGCUGGCGGACGGAGAGAAAAUCAUCCGGGCGUCAUUCCUGGUGGCGCGCUGCCGGCAGCCCUCGGUGCUGUUCAUUAGCGAGGUGGACAUGCUCCUGUCGGCCCACCUGAGCGAAGAGAGUCCCAUCAACCAGCUGAAGGGCGAGCUCCUCGCCCAGUUGGACUCACUUCUUAUGGGUUCAGGCGAGGAUGGAAAUCAAGUGUUGGUGGUUUGUUCUACAAGCAGACCCCAGGACAUGGACGAGGGCUUGCGCAGGUACUUUGCCCGGCGGGUGCUGGUGCCCCUGCCGGACGGCGCGGCCCGGCACCACAUCCUGAACCAGCUCCUGACCCAAUCUCAGCACAAAUACUGCUUGAGCGAGGAGGAGCUGGGGCUGCUAGUCCAGCGCACAGAGGGCUUCUCUGGACUGGAUCUGGCCAGACUCUGCCAGGAGGCCCUCGUAGGUCUUUUACACGUCUCCACACAGGGCAUGGACAUGUCAGGGAUGAUGCCCAGGGGGCAGAUCAGGCCCCUCACCUACCAGGACAUUGACAGCGUCUUUUGUAAAUUCCAGGCCAGUAUAUCGCAGAAAGAGAUUGACACUUACACUGAGUGGAACAAAAUGUUCGGCUGCAGUCAGUGAAGAGACAGAUUCCGCCCUUGAGAAAAAAAAAAAGA